UCCCUUUGUGUUUUAUUUUCAGGGAUUCAAGUCGUUAAAGCACACCGACAAGAAAGGGAUUCUUUUGAGGUAAAGGUAAUUCGAGAAUUUUCUCGAUACUGGAGAUAAAUUUCACUCGUUCCAACUCCCCUUUACAAUACGGAAGCAACGCCAGUAGCGAGAAGUACUGCACCUAGAUGAUGCGGGUUAGUAGGGUUAUUUGCAUGAACGGUGCUACUCCCUUCCCAGUUCACCGUGAUACUCUUAAAUAUCCUAAAAUAGUGACGGAAGUAGGGACUUGGCACUACAAAAAAGAAAGCAUGUCUGAAUUCCAGAAUUGGUGUCGCAAUCAUCAGGUCCGCGCAUAUGGUAACAUCAAAAUUGCAAGCGAUCUUCACUUUGCACGAUGCCUGCGGGCCUCCAAGACUAUUUAUCCCGGACAAGCGAUCAUCACGUGCCCGUACUCAGCAUGUUUUAAUUUUUUGACUGUGGCCAAGGAGAUACACAGUGCCUCCUCCUGCACUUUUCCAAUACAAUUCGACUGGAUAAAUUACAAUGACCGACUUCCCUACCUGAAAAGCACUGCUACGUACGAGCUUGCCAUGGUCGGCUGGAUGGUCCGCAUCGCUUCUUUAGAGGACUCUCCUUUUACACCGUAUAUCAAAUACUUGCUAGAGGACACACGUGGUCGGGAUGGUGUGGCUAGCGGAAUUUCGCGUGAGCGGGAAGACGCCAGCGGCAUGAUCGACCACUACUUUUCCGAGAUGGCCACAGAAGCGUGCGAGGAUCCUGAGGUUUUUCUAGAGAACCUAUUUAUUUCGUUUGCCUGCAUUCGCAUGCGCACGCAGCCCAUUGAGACAGAGGCUGUCAAAGCCUAUAUACCCGGAACGAAUUUUUUUAAAGCGAAAGCGGAGAAAAUGUUCGUCCCAACACUCAUGCCACUUAUUGACACAGUGGUGCAGCGUGAAGAUGGUUUUCAUAAUACCUUGGUUCAGUACUUUCCUUUUAAGGACAGCAAAACACUUGAGUUGCAGUGCGAGGAGCUGCAGAUACCGUGCCCCAAGCGAGACGAGGAGCUGACAGUCGUAUCAGAGCAAUGCACACCGUUAGGUAUUGAAAAGGUCGUCAACCUUGAUCAUAAUCCUAUGGAUAAGACCCUACUUGUCGGCGGAGGGUUCUUUGCUCUACGAGCACUGCAGGUCAUUGAAAAAGGAGAGCUAUUAUAUGUCCGACAAUACCCGUUUGAGGGAGAUGCCGAGGACAGGCAGAUGCACUCGAAUAUUAUGGAGGCUACCCGGCUGCUGAGUCAUCACAAUUGAGUGGACAUGUGAGACGUCGAGAAAUAUAGUAUAACUCAGUGAUAUUUUGCGUGUAUACAUCGCUGUCUAUUCGUAUCUUCUGUUACUUGUCCCUCUUUGUGUUCUUGUAUUUAUUGCUUCUUUGAGGGAAGUGAGUAUAGA